UGUGGCAGCCGGGCCGUAGCAACAGAGUCCUGCCAUCUCCGAGGACCUUGUCAGGCCCCCAGCCUUUUGUCCGGCGAGCAGCCCGGUGACAGCGGUGCCAUGGUGCACCACGUGGAGGACCUGGACUUCCACCUGCCCUCACAUGCGCAGGACAUGCUGGACGGCCUGCAGCGCCUGCGGACGCAGCCCAAGCUGGCCGACGUCACGCUGCUGGUGGGCGGCCAGGAGCUGCCCUGCCACCGGGGCCUGCUGGCCCUGAGCAGCCCCUACUUCCACGCCAUGUUUGCCGGCGAUUUCGCCGAGAGCUUCUCGGCGCGCGUGGAGCUGCGGGAUGUGGAGGCAGCCAUGGUGGGGCAGCUGGUGGACUUCGUGUACACGGGCCGGCUGACCAUCACCCAGGGCAACGUGGAGGCGCUGACUCGCACCGCCGCCCGCCUCCACUUCCCCGCCGUGCAGCAGGUCUGUGGGCGCUACCUGCAGCAGCAGCUGGACGUGCUGCUGGCCCUGCCGCGGAGGCUGGAGGAGGUUCUGGUGGUGGUGGGCGGGCGGGCGCUGGAGGAGGAUGAGGAGGCUGGAGAGGACCUUCCGCCACGCCCUGGGAACUUCGCCUUCUAUAACACCAAGGCCAGGCGGUGGAUGGCGCUCCCUGAUUUUCCCGACUACCACAAGUGGGGCUUCUCACUGGCGGCUCUGAACAAUGUCAUCUAUGUCACAGGUGGCUCCCGGGGCUCCCAGACAGACACCUGGUCCACCACGCAGACCUGGUGCUUCCCGCUGCAGGAGGCUGCCUGGAGGCCAGUGGCGCCCAUGCUGAAGGCCCGCACCAACCAUGCCAGCGCCGCCCUCCACGGCGAGAUCUACGUCAUUGGGGGCACCGCCCUGGACGUGGUGGAGGUGGAGCGCUAUGACCCCUUCACCGACAGCUGGACACCUGUCAGCCCAGCCCUGAAGUAUGUCAGCAACUUCUCGGCCGCCGGCUGCCAGGGCCGCCUCUACCUGGUUGGCUCCAGCGCCUGCAAGUACAAUGCGCUGGCCCUGCAGUGCUACAACCCCACCACAGACACUUGGAGUGUGAUCGCCUCGCCCUUCCUCCCCAAGUACCUGUCCUCGCCUCGCUGUGCGGACCUGCAUGGGGCCCUCUACCUUGUCGGAGACAACACCAAGAAGGUCUACGUGUACGACCCUGGGGCCAACCUAUGGCGGAAGGUCCAGCCCCUGCACAGCCUGCAUGAAAACGGGGCCCUGGUGCCGCUGGGGGAUGCGCUGUACGUGACGGGGGGCCGCUGGCAGGGCAUGGACGGCGACUACCACGUGGAGAUGGAGGCCUACGACGGCGCGCGCGACGCCUGGACGCGCCGCGGCGCCCUGCCCCGCCUCUGGCUCUACCACGGCGCCUCUGCAGUCUACCUGGAUGUGGCGCGGUGGACACAGCCCUUUGGGGGCGUCCCACCACACUAGCAGAGGGGCUCCCUGCCGAGGGGCCGCCAGUGCCCCCUUCUUGAGCGGCGCCUUUGUUUUCCGCUCACUGGCAGCGACGGCCCCCCUACCUACUACGGUGGGUGCCCACCGGGCAGCUCGGAGGAUUCGGCUUGACCUGGAGGCACCAUCCUGAACUGCAGGACAGCGUCUGCCCUCCUGCCCUCUUGUCCUGCACGCUCUGAGGGCUGGUUGUGGCCAGCUUGGUCCCAUCAGGACUUUCUGAUGACACCCCCCAGGAGGGCAGCCGCGCCUAGGCUCCAGGGGUGUGGGUCCUGGAGGCAGGGUCCUCUCUUCUGACAGGGAGGAGCGCUUCCUAGAGCAGUUGGACUCACUGCCAAGGGAAGGGGCAGAUCCUGUGGGUGCCUCCUGCCCAGUGGACAGGCCGGACGGAGGCAGGGCAGCUCCAGAGCUGAAUUCAGGCUGGGUCCUCACAGACAGCCCCCUUCUCCCUGGAGACAAAUGUGGCGAUUUGUUCCCAUAAAGAUUUACCCUACGAGCUGUUCUGCCCUGUUCUAUAGGGUCACCAUGAGUCAGAAUGCAUGUUUUUGGUUGUUGUUGUUUUAAUGGUGAUUCUAUAUGUAACAUUUUAGUAAUUGCUUUAUUGUGGUAAGAAAUAUGUAUGUAACAAGCCAACCUCAUUCCCAUUGAGUCAAUUCUGACUCAUAGUGACCCUAUAGAGCAUGUCUGAGGCUAUACAGUUUUAAGGGGACAGACAGCCUCAUCUUUCUCCCAAGGGUUUGAACUGCCGGCCUGGUGGUUAAUAGCCCAAUGUGUACCCCACAGUGGCACCAGGGCCCCCAUAUAGAACAGUUGCCAAUUCAAUAUUUUUAAGAUGGUCUAAUAACUUGAUUUCUCUUCGGGGCCAUGUGCGGGCACUUUGCUUUUUAAGGCGACCAGGACGCAGGUAACAGGUUGCCUCGCCAACCUGGUGCGGUGACCUGAGUGAUGUCCGCCGUCUUGUCCAGCCUUGGCCACGAUCUGCUCCCAGAGUUUCCCAUCCCCUGUGGCAGUGCUCAGGGUCCCCGAGCAGGGAGCCCCUCUCCCCUCCCUUCCGCCUGCUCCUGGUCACCCAGAAUGAGCUUUGGUCUGGACGCACUUGCAGUCCUGGCUGUUUCCUUUAAGGGACGUACAAUCUGUGCCUGUGUCACGGCCCUGCUCCACUCAGGGUAGUUUUCGAGGUCUGUCCAUCUUGGAGCACGCAUUCAGACCUCCUCUCUUCAGACGGCUAAGCAACGCGCCAUCGGACGCCUGGGCCCCAUUUGGUUGGCCUAUUCAUUCGCUGGGGGACCCAAGUCAUUUCCACAUUUCGGCUGUGGAACCAUGCAGCAGUGACCAUCCGGAUGCAUGCGAAUGCCCGUGUCCAACUCUUUGGGGUGUGUAGCUAGGAAUUAAACUGCAGGGUCCCAUGAUAAUCCUGUCAUUUUGCUUCUUUUUCAAAAAUUGUUCUAUCGUGGCAUUAAAAAAGCGUGGAGAUCCCAGCUUUUUCACACGUGUA